CUCACUGAAUAGAAAUACCAAAGAUGGAUGGAAAUACAUUUCUAGUUACGUUUGCAUUCAUCGGUUAAACCCAUCUAAUGACUGAAAAUUCAAGAAUGAGAAAAACUUUUCAAAUAACCCGCCGUAUCCAUAAUAUUAGAUUUUAGUUCGGCCAUUUUCACUAUAGCGGCGGUAACGGUAAUUUCUACUCCGCUGACAGUGAAUUUAUUCCCUUUUUUAUGAUUUCUCCUACUCUCUGAAUCGCGACGGUGGCAGCACUGAAUAAAAUUGUUUGGAACUGAUUUCAAGCGGUGGCUGCUUGUCAUUUUUUGUAACUUUCUAUAAAUAUUGAAACGUUAAUGGUGUACAUACGUUUCAAUCGCCAUUCACUCGUGUACGUACUAUUAGAGUAUAACUUGUAACGCUCAUAAAUGAGCAUUUUAUUUAACAUACAGGAGAAAGUAUUAUUAAUCUCAAGAUCUAAUAAAUAAAUGCUGUUUGAUGUCACGUAAACUUUUUCAUAGUGACAAUGCACCAAAAUCCGGAAUUUCUUACAGCUUGUAAUGGUCAAAUCAGAAUUUAUAUUUAAAACUUAAAGAAGAGGUGAGGCCUCAGUUAGCAAGUGGGUAAAUCGAGAUAUGGUUUACAAUCUUUACAUUCAAUCCUGAAGACAUGAUGUGUGAAAAAAAUCAAACAGAUCCAAAUACUGAAUCGGAGUUCCAUUCCAUUUCAAUUAAACUAUCAAAUCUAUGUCGUUUAUGUGGAAAUGUAGCUGUGAAUGGAAUUGAAAUAUUUAGUGCCAAGGGUAUUGAAUUUAAACUGCAGGACAAAAUAUCAAUGCAUAUGCCAAUUACCGUUGACUCUAAAGAUAUAAUGCCCUUAAGAAUCUGCUUAAAUUGUCGUACAAAAUUAGAGAUGACACACUCAUUGGUCACUGCUUGUGUACGAACCGACAUUAAUAUUCGAAAACUCUUGAAUAUUCAUGAAACGGUGGAAUAUGCAAACAAAUUUCAGUCACUUAUAGAACAUUGCUCUAUGCAAGUAGAUUCUAACAAAUGUGGGAAUGACAUGGUCGAUAAUGAAUCUGUGCCAUUAAUUUCUAAAAAUGAUGAAGUCUGUAAUAUAAAAGAAUAUAACAAGCCGGAAUCUUUAAUGAUCUCUGAAUUAGAACAUGUAGCAGUUUUAUCCCAACAUUCUGAAUUAUCCAACAAUAUCGAUAUGAGUAAUAUGGAAGACUUAAUAAUUAAUGAUGAAACAAAUGAUGAUACAAAUGCAAAUUCUCUUAAUGAGUUUGAAACUUUUACUGAGAUAAAAAAUACAAAGAAUAAUCCAACACUGGCCUUUUCAACAAAUAAUGAUGUUCGUAUAGAUAAAACUAAUCCAAUUACAUAUUUUAUUAAUAAAAAGGAAGGAAUGUUUAAAAAUCAUUCUGAUUUGUGUGGAAAUAAGAAUAACUUGGCUCAUAAAAGUAAUGAAAUAUUAUGUGCGCAAGUUGAUUGUACAGACAUUUCCGAAAUUUCAGACACAAUAAGUUUUAACUUAAAUCAAAGAACAUGCGAUGUCUGUAAAGAUACAUUUGAUAAUGAAGAGAUCUUUCAAGAACAUAUAAUUGUACACAAUAAACUUCCUCAUGAAUUAAACUCGGAUCUAGAUAUUGAUGAGACUUUAGUGGGGAAUCAAACCAGCAAUAAUAUGAAUGAUCAAGCCAAAUUAAAGACAAGUGAUCUGAAUGUCCCAAAUAGAAGAUGUGGUUACUGCCAAGCAAUAUUUUCAGUGCCAAAAGAAUUGCAAAUACAUAUAUCCGAAUAUCAUGGAGAACAAGUACCAUUCAAAUGUAGCUUGUGCGAUAAGACUUAUCAAAAGUGGUCGAAUUUGGAUGUUCAUGAAGCAACUCAUAGGCUGGAUAAACCUUAUCUUUGUGAUCUUUGUGGUAAAAGCUUUAAGCAUUCUAAUAAUUUAAGAGGUCACAAGAGAACUCAUUUAGAUGUAUCAAAAAAGAAACGACAUGUUUGUGAUAUAUGUGGAAAUGCCUACCGAUCUAGAUUUCAUCUGCGGGAGCACAUGAACCAACAUGAUGGAAACAAGCCUUACCCAUGCGAGGAAUGCGGGAAGGCCUUCUAUAAGAGGAUACAGUUACGGCAACAUAAGCUGUCCCACGGGCUAAACAAGUACGCCUGUCCAGUUUGUGGAAUGACCUUUAAUCGUAGAGGAAAUAUGAAUGCUCAUCUCAAGAGACACAACAAUAGAGAAGGCACUUAUGCUUGUAGUGUUUGCGAAUAUCGAUGCAGCUCGAUGAGCGAAUUAAAGUUGCAUAGGAAACAACAUUCCGAAACAGACAUCAUAGAGAGUAUUAAGAAGAAAUCUAGUAACAAAACAGUGUGGCAGUGUGAAGUGUGUGCACGAGUGUUUUCAAAGCGUGCUGCUCUAUUGAACCAUGAACGGAUACACACAGGGGACAAAGUAAGGAUAGAAUGUGACAUUUGUGGCAAGAAGUUAGCGAGCAAAAGUUCUCUGGCAUACCAUAAAAAAUCAAUUCACUCAAAUGAAAGACCUCACAUGUGUCAAUAUUGUGGGGAAUCUUACGUGUCUAAAGAGGCACGUCUAAUACACGAAAGAGUCCAUACUGGAGAACGUCCAUAUGUCUGUAAAAUAUGUAAUAUGCGAUAUAGAUGCUCGAGCAAUUUGAGUCAACAUAUGAAAAUCCAUUCAGAAGUUCGACCUCAUGCAUGCAGUUACUGCAAUAAAAGUUUCGCUCGUAAAAGUGCACUAAGUGUUCAUGAGCGAAUUCACACAGGUAUUAAGCCAUUUGCUUGCUUGACGUGUAAUAAAACUUUCGCACAAAAAAACGACAUGCUUAAGCAUACGAAAACUCGCCACUCGAAAUCGAUACAAUGCGAGCAAUGCGACGAAAAGUUUUCCACAAAAAGGGACAUUUUAAAGCACAUGGCAAAACACGAUCACGAAUCCUUCCCAGAAUCGUCAAAAGGUCCUACCAUGAAUGAAUUUGAGGACAUGUCACAGCAGUUGGAAACAUACACCUUAAGUCUACCCUGCAUACCUAUUGAAUCUUCAACGGAACCAGAAAUUGUUCAUAAUACUGAAUAAUUCAUUCUUCUCGAACCUUGUUCCGGCACAUUCGACUCGUGAGAUUCAUAUAGAUACAAUUAUGCGUUUUUAAUAUUAGAUUCGCUAAAAGUUUGUUAUAUUUAUAACCUUAAAUGUUUAUAUGUAUUAUUUGUAUAUUAACAUUGUAUAUUUUCAAAGAUGAAUGACUUAAUUACUAAAGGAAUAUAUGCAAAAUGUCAAUGUUGA